UAGCACCAUCAUUCUCAUCAAAAACCAAAAUCUUAUCCUAUAAUUUUGAGUAGCAAAAAUGAGUUCCAAAGUGCUUCUUCUCCUCGGCCUUGUCUUGGCUGUGGCUCUUCUCAUCUCUUCAGAUGUAGCUUCAGCUAGAGAGCUUGCUUCCGUUAAUCCUUCGGAGGAAACCGAUGGGCGCGGCGGAUACAACCGGGGCGGAGGAGGAUACAAUGGUGGCGGAGGAGGAUACGGUGGCCGUGGAGGAGGAUACGGAGGUGGAGGAGGUCACGGAGGCCGUGGAGGUGGAUACGGAGGCCGUGGAGGCGGAUACAGCGGACGUGGAGGCCACGGAGGGGGGAAGGGCGGAGGAGGCCACGGAGGCAAGCGUGGUGGGCGCGGAGGCCACGGAGGAGACGAAGGUGGCAACUAAUGUCCCCAUGGAAGCUGAGACUCAAGAAUUAAGCCAUUGUUAGUGUGUAUCUAAAAUGCUAUGAAUAAAAUGCAAUGGCUGUAUUUUAUCUCGUGUUGUACACUUCUACUUCUAUUAUAUGAUGGCUAUUAGUGAAUCCAUCUUAAUUAUAUCAA